AUGCUCAGUCUACGGACGGUCCUGCUGCUCACAACGCUCCUCACCCUCUCCCUAUGCUGUGAUUCAGCCCCUUACACACCGUUCGAGUGCUGCUUCAACUACGUAAAGGGCCCUCUCCCGCAAACGAACCUGAAGGAUUGCUACCUAUCUCCCAAGGAGUGUUCUUUCCCAGCAGUUGUGCUUGUGAACAAGAAAGGGGACAAGCUCUGCGCAGACCCAGAGGCGACUUGGGUGAAGAAAGUAGUUAAGAAGCUCCAAAAAAAGAAGCAACUUCAAUUCCCAUGA